GAAUGCAUAAGAUACAAAGCACUGAGAGGGGGGCACAAAUAUGUUUAAAUUUUACAUUUCCACUUUUAAGGGACUCACAGCUUAAGAGACAGACAAGACUCGCACAUAAGAAAAGUGCAAGUAGAACUACAAGAUACUAUACAAUGACAUGCACAAAACCCAAUGACUAUAGUCUAGAGUUUGGGAUUGCAUUAAUCUAGAAAAUCUUCUCUUUAAAGGAGUGACCUGAGUAGUAAGUAACAUAAAGAAAGAAGAUUCAGGGCUUGGUGUGGUGGCUCAUGCCUGUAAUCCCAGCACUUUAGGAGGCUGAGGCGGGUGGAUCACGAGGUCAAGAGAUUGAGACCAUACUGGCCAACAUGGUGAAACUCUGUCUCUACUAAAAAUACAAAAAUUAGCCAGGCAUGGUGGCGGGCGCCUGUAGUCCCAGCUACUCUGGAGGCUGAGGCAGGAGACUCACUUGAACCUGGGAGGCAGUACAGUGAGUCAAGAUUGCGCCACUGCACUCCAACUUGGCGACAGUGCGAGACUCCAUCUCAAAAAAAAAAAAAGAAGAAGAAGAGGAAGAAAAUUCAAAUGGCUGAAGAGAUUGGGGACAGCAUUUUGAAAUCUAGAAAAGAAUAAUUAAGAUAUUUUCAAAAUGGAAAGUUCCCAUGCCAAAGAUUUUUGCCUUCUUCACCAAACUAUGAUUUCCUGAUGUUCUUAAAGGCUCAAUAAUGGGACUGAGUACACACUGUGUGCUAAGGAAAGAAUAUUUGGAUUGAAUUGAACCCCUGCAGAACGUGGACUAUUCAGAGACACUGAAUUUGGCCUUGGGUGAAUACCUGCCUUGGGCUGGCCAACUAGCAGUCAACAGCAAUGAGCCAAAAGAGACAAACCACGUUUCCAAAUGGCAAAUCAAAGACAUUAGAAAAUAGCUCAGCUAAACGUGAGAAAGGAAUAGUUGUCAAUGGCAAAGAGAUUUUUGAUGCAGUCGGGCGAUCAAAAUUUGUUCUAGAAAACCUUCGGCAUUACACAGUCCAUCCAAAUUUGGCCCAGUACUAUAAGCCUCUGAAGGCCACUGCACUGCAGAAAUUCCUGGCUCAAAACAGGAAAACCACCAGCUUCAUGUUAAAAGUAACAGAGUAUGACCAGGAUAAGACCUUACUGAUUAUGACCAACAACCCACCUCCCUGCUCAAUCACCCAUCAAGACACGGAGAGUGCACCAAAAUACUUUUCCAAGGAGUUACUGCUCAAGGUCAUGGAAAGUCAUCAUCAGCACAAACCCACUGAGAACCUCUGGCUGCCCCGCAUGCCUCAGAAGAAAAAGUUAAGAUCUAAGUUGAAACCAAUCUUCCCUUUGAUACUGUCGGACGAUCCUACAUCCAAGAGAGAACAAUGGUUUAGGUUUUCCACCGACAAUGAUUUCAAGAGCGAAGGGAAGUAUUCAAAAGUCUACGCUUUGAGGACGCAGAAAAAAAUGUACCCUCAGCUCACCUUUGCUCCAGUCCAUGAGAGAGGUAUGAGGAAAGAUGCUUCCAAGAAGUCAGCGAGUGAAAGGCCGAUUUCCAAGGUGAUUCGGGAACCACUGACACUCGCAUCGCUCCUGGAAGAGAUGCCCACCAGAACGGCGCCCGGGGAGAGCGCCUUCCGCAACGGGAGGGCCCCGCAGUGGAUUAUCAAAAAAGCCACGGUCAUCGGGUGAACACAGACCCCUCAGUCCUCCCGCCUCGCUCUCCUGAGACUGAGGGGUCCGCAGAAGUCGCCAACCAAAUAAAACCACAUUCCUGCUGCUGCGGGCGUGGGCUGCCGGGUCACUGGCAGAGAGGGUCCGGCCAAAACCUCCGGCAGCUGCCGAAGGAGGAGAGGGCGUGGUUGCGUCCCCGGGGGCCGAGGGCGGCCGAGGAGGGCGGGCCUUGGCCCCGAAUGACGGCGCGGAGGCCCAACCGGCGUGAGAGCGCGGGGCCGGCCUUCCUGCAGCCUCUUCCGCUCUCCGGCUGCGGCGCCUGGGACGGUUGCGGUGGGUCUGGGCGCUGGGAAGUCGUCCAAGAUGAUUAAAAAAUUCGACAAGAA